AUGGAUACCAUUCAGACCCAUCCUUCCACCGCCGCGCAGGCCAAGGCCUUUACUGCGCCUGGGUCGCUCUCGUUCCCGGGAGCCGCGGGCGAGCUUACUCCGCCUACGUAUGAUUCCGACAAAGUGAACGCACAGCGACCUGCGAACGGCGGUGUUCAGCAGCCAGCUAACGGUACCGGGGUGACUCCCGCCACGCCCGCGGCUACUCCUGCUGCUAACCAGGGUGGAAGUGGCCUGACUCCUACCUUGCAAAACAUCGUCGCUACGGUCAAUCUUGAAUGUCGCUUGGACCUGAAGACGAUUGCGUUGCACGCUCGCAAUGCCGAGUACAACCCUAAGCGUUUUGCCGCUGUUAUCAUGCGAAUCCGCGAGCCCAAGACGACCGCUCUCAUCUUCGCCUCUGGCAAGAUGGUUGUGACGGGCGCCAAAUCUGAGGAUGACUCGAAACUGGCGUCUCGAAAGUAUGCCCGGAUCAUUCAGAAGCUUGGCUUCAACGCCAAAUUCACCGACUUCAAGAUCCAGAACAUUGUCGGCAGCUGCGACAUCAAGUUCCCCAUCCGUCUUGAGGGUCUCGCCUCCCGGCAUCACAAUUUCAGCUCGUACGAGCCUGAGUUGUUCCCCGGCCUGAUUUAUCGCAUGAUCAAACCCAAGAUCGUCCUCUUGAUUUUCGUGAGCGGCAAGAUCGUCCUGACUGGCGCUAAGGUCCGCGAGGAGAUUUACCAGGCUUUCGAGAUGAUUUAUCCAGUCUUGCAAGAUUUCCGUAAGGUCUAG